GCGGUGUGGAGUAACACCUGGUCGUCAGCUCAGAUUUUCCUCCGCGGCUUCACUUCUCUUCCCCUCAGCACCAUUCACUCAGGACCCGAACAGCCGAGCUGCGGUAUUACGGUAAGAGUUGAUGAAACUGUCUCUGAAGUCCUCUUGAAACUUUUUUUCAGCCGUCGAUAACUUGCAGCUGUUGUGCCGAAGUUAUUUUUUCGAAGUAUUUGUAUGGGCGUGAAGCAAUGAAAGGCGGAAUUUGCUUAUCAGCGACUAACUUCCUUCUUGUCGGUUGGGUCUUUUUUGACCCAAAUGAUUAAAAUUCAGAAGUAGUGCCUACAUUUAUCUCUCUGAGAACUCAUAAUUAAUUCCCCAACUUUUUCAAACUUGUCCUGCACUUGUUCAGGGUGUAGAAACUGGAGUUUCUAGUUUCCGGCUGUUGAGCUCUGUCUGAGGUGCUGAGUGGCGGUAACCAUGGUGGAGUCUAUUCCAAGUUUUUGUUAAUAAUUGAACAAUAAAUAAGUGGAUGCAUUGGACGAAUGAACACUGAGAUAAUGCUCAUUCCGGGUUAAGUGUGCUUCAAACUGUGUGCUAAACCCGGCUGUCAUGUGUCACAUGAGGAGCACUUUGUUGCACUUCCUGGAUCUGUCUUAAUUUGAGCUGGCAGGAGGGCUCACACCUAAACUAAGCCUCCAUCUUGGCUCUUGUGAAUGUCUCCUCUGUCGAUUGCACAGAGUUCACAUCAUAUGGAAUCAGAAGAGCUUCAAGAGGCUGUCACUUUUUAAGAUAGUCUGGCAGAGUGAAUGACUGAGAAGUCUUUUAUCAAUGAGCUUAAGCUAACCGUGAAUGCCCCUUACGUCCUGUGUCAAAAAUGGCCCUGAGGUCUUUUCCUCUUUCUCCUGGGACUUGAAUAACCUUUUGGAGAUACCUUUUGGCACCUGGUUUUUCAGUUUCUGGAUCAGCAUGUAGUUUUUUUGCAGGUUGAUAGAAGCCUGGAUGUCCUUUUAUCAGUGUUUGUUUCUUUGAUAGAUCCUAAGUUGAACCACCAUGUAGGAAUUUUUAUUGUAGGUAAUUUUAAACCUCUGUGUAAUAACCCCUGAACAUGUUUAUGUAUCUCACAAAGAAAGUUCAAAGUUCAAAACUACACACCUGAGCCAUUUCACAGUCGUGAGAGGCACCUUUGUUGAAGUGAGAACAGGAUCAAUAAUGUUUUUUCCCUAUUAGCUCCAAUUUGAACCAAACAAAUCAAUACUCCCUCUGUGAAACUCUGCACUCUGGAGUUUUAGAUUAGAUUAGAUUCAAAUUUAUUUUCAUUGAACACAGUACAAGUACAGGAAAAACGAAAUGCAGUUUAGCAUCUAACCAGAGGUGCAAUGUAGUAAAGUGCAAGGUACAUAUUGGCAGUGCAGGUAUGAACUGAAUUUACUAUAUAUGUGUAUGUGUAUGUGUGUGUGUGUAUGUGUAUGUAUGUAUGUAUGUAUGUAUGUAUGUAUGUGCAGUGACUCUUUGACUCUUUGGACUCAGAGCAGUGGCCCUAUGUGUUAGCCCGUGGUCAUGCAAGAAAAGGUGUCGAGAUGCUGGCAGCUACACUUAACAUACACACCAAACAUAUGUAGACUAAACAGAAAUUCCAAACAUGCUCCUUGAAACCAGUUGUAAACGUCUGAGAGCUUGAAAUGAUAAAAAAAAGUUUCUGAAAACUUCCUAAAGAUUACAACAAUCAUCAGAUGAUCAUUUUUGACAUUUAGAAAGUUUUCAGUUUUUAUUCCCUAAACCUCCUACAAGUUCCACCUUGAUCUCUAAAAUCUGGCAAUAGGAAACUCCAAAGUUUCAAAAAUGUUAAAUUCUAAGCUUCUCAAAUAAGCUUCCAAAUAAAACUUGCCCCCCCCAAAAAAAAAAGUUUGUUAUGCUUGUAAAUUUCUUAUCUAAAAAUUCUAUUAGAAAUAUCUUUAUUCUUUUUUUAAUCACUGAUUUGUCCUGAAAUGUAUCAAAUAUAAACCCCAAAUUUACAUUUCUAGAAAAUCUAAAAGAAUCUAGAAAUUUUAAUGAAAACUUGAAAUUUUCCAAGCGUUUCUAAAACUUCCACAAAAAAAAAAAAAGAGUACCAAAGAUAAGACUCCAAAGUUUUCAAAGUUACUUUCCAAAAUGUCAGAACAUUUCAGACAAGCAUUUCUCAAAAAUUCCACAUGUUUAAAAUUUCUCCAAAUGCCUCAUGGAUCCUCAAAAUUACAAUUUAAAGUAGCAAAAAAAUUGCUUAAGUCUCCAACAGUUUCCAAAAUACUAAAAAAAAAAAAAAAAAAAAAAAAAAUUGUAUAUAUCUGUACAUUCUGAAAGGGUCGAGGAAUUGCAAAUCAAAAAAGUCAGAAACUCCAAAGCCUUCCCAAUAACUUCAAAGAUUGCUGAUAAACAUCUUGAAACCUUGCAUCUUGACUCUAAAGCACAUUCUCCACAAACUCAUCUGCUUUAAGACAAGAAGUGUUAGUUGAAGCUGAACCACAAUGGUUUAAGAUACUACGUCUUUAAAUGUUCUCUCUUUACAUGGGAAACUGUACUCACAUGGAACACAUUUACCUCCCUGUUUUGGGGUUUUCUUUGCUCUUUUUCUUUUUUAACUGAACCACUCAGCAUCAGUGAAAAGACUCUCACCCUGUGACUGUCUCCUGGGGAGGCAGUCUGAAUCUGAAGACUGCAGGAACAAGCCCUGACCUCAGAGCUGGCAGCUUGACUCUCCCAUUCACUCCCAGCUUCCUGCUGCUUCAUGCUGGGAUUUCUCAUCAGCUAUUUUGGAAGCUCCCUAUUUGCUCUGGUUCUUCCUGGUAUAGAGUUUUGUCUCAUCAACCUCUCUUAGUUUCUCAGAUAAGUCCUCUCCCUGCUGAUAUCAAAAGUCUCCUUGAAUGUUCAGCCUUUUACUUUUUAAUAUGAUUUAAAUCUAACCGUCUCUUGUUUCUCAUCUCAAUGAUUUCACCCUCACCCCUCCUUGCCUUCUCUUGCAUUUCACUUCCUCUUGCAUCAGAUCUUAAAAAAGCUCUUGGAGCAAUACUUCCUUAAAGCUCUGGUAUGCGCAGAACAACAUUUUAUCAUAUAAUGAUUUAAUUGACCAGCAUUACCCCCAGCUAGUGCCAUUGUGCUUUUGCAUUAAUAACACGGAAGAAACCCUUUGGAAAGAUCAGGUUGGGUCAGCUUCAUGUGCGCAGUGCUUCGAAUAGGCCUCAGGUCUACUUGUGGUUUUGUGCUCUAGAGGAUAUGAAUCAUCAUUGAGCUGUUUGCUGCUGUAAAAGGAAGUUUGCAGUCGCUUCUUUGUAGAGACCUUGUGGAAGUCUAAAAUGCCACAGAAGUAACUAGCAGCAAGUCUAAAAGCCAGACUCUGUUACCCACAUAGGUGUAUGCCAUCCCAACCAAAGUUUUAAAAAACUUUAUAAUACUGUCUGUCAAUAAGUGUUUAAAAAUGACAUGCAUUAGCAUUUGCAUUGGCAUAGCUGGAGGAUAAUUUCAUCAGAUCAAGUUACACUCGCAUCACUUUUGGAAAUCAAGAGUCCCACCCCAGCUCCAUACUCUUUUUAUCAAAUGCUGCAGGAUCACAGCAAAGGUCCACGGCAGAGGACAGAGAUGAAAGCAGUUGUGGACUGUAGGUAACAUCUUCAAUAGCAAAGCGCCAAGCUAAAUGUCACCUUACAGGGGGCGCUUUCUCCCCCUCACUUUUGGUGGGUCAACUUUCAUGUCCCGGAUGUUCUCUGAGGUAAAAGUCAGCCCCUCUGCUGCCAACAGCACCAACCACCACUUGUGAGACUUCCACUUUUCAAGUUAUCUAUCAGUGUUUCUCCACUGUGCUUUGCACAGCAGGCUGUGUUGUGGUUGCACAGCUUCUGUUAAAUGUGUGUCUGAUGUCUGGCUGCCUUAUGCUAGCUUCAUUUCCUUAGAACACAGGGUGUAUAAGAGUCUUGGUGUGAUAUGAUAAAGAAGUCAUAAUCAAAGACUGUAAGUUGUGGGCUUUCUAUGCAUCAUAUCAGACCUUAUUGUACCAUAUCAUAUGGUGUCUUGCCUUAUUGUAUCGCAUCACAUUGUUGUAGAUCAUUUAGUUCUAUACCAUAAUGUAUCCUGUUAAAUGGUAAAGUAUAGUAUCAUAUGUUAUAUCUAUAAGCUGUUUAUAGAAUAGACAUCAUCUGCCUCCUCACUUGGUGAAGCCGCUGUGAGAACAGCACCCUCUGGUGACUGGUUGCAUUGUGGGUCAUAAACCCUGCCUUCUCCAGCAAAAUGAAUGGAGCUGUGGACAAAUUAUUUUUAUUUUUAUUAAAUUCUCUCCCCUCUGCUUGUGAUGUUGACAUGUAGUUACUGUCAGACUGGUUUGUGCUCAAGUCCUCUUUUUUUUCUGUGCAGCUCAAUUUUUAAAUGUUAUUAGGGGGUUAAUGUUUUCUAUGAUUGACACUUGAUACAGCCUAUGGGUGUACGAAGAUUGCAUUUCAUCGAGGGGAUACGCUGUGUCAUAUCCAAUGGAAUGGUAUCAUAUCAAAAUUUAUCUCAUUGCAAUGCACUGUAUUGAACUGCAUAUUGGCUUGCUGUUAUUUGACCAUCACAUAUGAUGAUGUGUAUGUUCAACAGUCACAUAGCAGGGCAUGUGAAGUUAGCCAUAUGACCUAAAACAGAAUGCUGUCUGUCACCCUUUCCUCUAUUUCCAGGAUUAAUCUACAUCCAAACAUCUGACUGAUAUCGCUGUAAUGAAGCACCUCGCGUAGACACAUAGAGAAUCAGAGACUGUUUCUGCUUAUCACAUAACUGUUAUAUGUACACACGACACUGCUGCCAUCACAAAGUCCCCAGUGAGCACUUGGUAAAGUAAGACAGAUUUUAAGACCGUGCAUUCUUGCUCGUCCUGUUUAGUAAUGUAGUUGGGACAUAUCACCGACAGGACUGACAGUGUAAAUACUUUUCACAUCUACACCUGCAGCAUACAUGCAGUUAGUCCAAUGCUCUCACCAGGAAGUCAGAGCAGCUGUCAGAGGAGGAGGAGGAGGAAAUAGAUUUAUUUGUUUACCUGUUAUAUUAUAAAAAGGAAACCAAUAUUAUAGCAGGAUAUUCUAUUUUAAUAUAAUCUGGACGAAACAUAACAUUUCACUGCACGCAGUGUCAAGUAUGUGACUGAUAAAACUUUAAUGUAGUCCGAGAAACACCAGGAUUAUUACACAACAGAUGGAUGGUCUCAUCUCACACUGUCCAUGCACACACAGCGCUCACUUCUUAAAGCCUGCAUGUUCACACGGGGAUUCCCUGCUCAUCACUUACCUUGUGUCAAUCCUCUUGAUGUGUCAGCGUUGACACCUCCAAACACAUUCCACUUUCCUGUCCCUGAAUGCCUCAUUAGCCAUAAUCCCAAUCUCUAAUCUCAUCGCCGAGCUGUGUUGCUAAGUAACAGGGCUAAUCUCAGCUGCUGCCAAGCGUGGUGUGUUUGUCAAACUGUGCUGCUUAACCCUGUCAAACAAACAGAUUAUUCUCCUCCUGAUGCAGAACAGUGAGUGUCCAGGUGGAGGUGAGGACACAGAGGUGGAGAGGUCCAGCUUGUGUCUGGUGUGUUUGCACCGUCUCAUGACCCGAGUGUGUGUGCUGUCUCCCAACAGGCUGAACAAUGACCCUCCUUUUGCCUGUCAGCUUAGCAUGUAGCCAGUUUUGUUGCCACAGGCUGCAUUGUUUGAGCUGAGUUAGCCAGAAAGAAUGUGAGAAUCAAUCUGAAGGUGGUGUCAUUAUUGUUAGACUAAAUCCAUUUUAGCCAGCCCACAAGCCUUUAAUUAGCUGAAUCGACAAUAACAUGCUUGGUUAAGAUUGAAUCUCUGACUGAUGUGGCUCUGUCUUGUUCAGAGCUGUGAGAUUAUUAUUUUUUUUUAAUAAUAUCAAUGUGAUAUUUAUACACAGCUUCAUCCAAAUUACCUCUGCUACUCCCUCUGUCCUUAUACAGUUGGACAUAAUUUAAACGUUCUGUCAGAGUUAUGGGAAAGUAUUUGACCUGACCCAGAACUCAGUAACUCCAUACAGCUGAAACAGGUGAAAAAUGACUUCCAAACAACAGUCUUUGCUCUUUUGUCCUCUUCAUGCCUUUUAAAAUUGUCUUGAGGGAACCUUCCCAGAAGGAUAAAUAAAGCUGUAUCUAGUCUCAUCUAUUUUACCUAAGUAGUAUCUCUUGACCAAGAACUCUAAUCUCACUCAAAUGUUUGUGAAUAUUUAAUGUGGAAAAUGUAAAAACAGGCCUGUUUCUGCAGCAGCUCACCUGAACCUACCCCCAGAUACCAAAAAUUACAGGGUGAUAUUGUUAUUGCUAAUGGUCUUGUUUGCUUUUGUACAUCAUAACAAUUUCAGUCUAUAUAAUAAUGUCAAAAAAAAACACCAACUCACAGGAGCUUUAAAUGGUAUUAUAAAACCAGAGUAAUCAAAUAGCCAAAACUAACCAAACACACAAAUUGAGCAGACUUUAUUUUCAUAAAACAACUAAACAUGGUCGGGGUCUGCUUGUAAGUGCUGUAAAAUUGCUUUGCAGAGUGUGGCUCAGCAAGGGGAGGGGGGUGUCAGAAAACAACAACAGUGAAACAGACUAAUAACAAAUUGUUCUAUGAUUGUAUGACAGCCACCAAACUAAUCAUGUCAAUGAUUUAUUGAUUCUCUUUGGGGAUCAAUAAAGUUUUUCUUACUCUUUGCACAAACUUGCAGGAAGAUGAAUCAUUUAAUCCUAGUGAUCAUGUCUUUAUGAUGAUUGGAGGCCGAAACUGUAGUUGACGCUGAAAAUUGGUAAACUCCCAAAACCCUAAUCUGCAGACUUUUUUCAUCAAUACUGAAGUUUUUUUUAAAGCCCUAUUGGUGUCUCAUCAAGAUGCAUGCAAUGUGUUUCUCUACUGUAGACAGGCUGAGGAAGGAGACAUUGUUGUUAUGAGGUCCCUUUCUGUUUGUUAGUCCCAGCCUGUGGACUGUAGCCUAUAAACUCCAAACACCUGUACAAUGAAGAUGUCCAUAAAAUACCCAAAUAAGAAAAGGAGAUCCAGACAGAGACUGCACUCUCUGCACAUGCAGACACUACCAACACCUCUUUUGCCGUUGAUUAGGUCAUCAGUAAAAGUCUUUUAUAUCUUGCUUUCAUUGCUCUUCACAGUACAUCAAAUGCUGCUCUCUUUUAUGGCUCCUUCUGCACCAGCUCUGUGUGCAGGUUGAAAAUGAAAAAAGUGACUAGAGUCACUUGUUCUGAAUGCCUAGGUGUUCAUUAUUUUCUGCCGUGUUUGUGUUAGAACGGGUAAAUUGGUUCGUUUCCUCUGGUAUCCUCAUGAAAUGAAAAACUCUGUCCAUCUAUGCACUCUGUCCAUGCUUUCCCUCUAUUGUCUUCAAAUAUGACAUAGGCCUGCUACUUGAUCUACUACAUUUUUGUAGUAGUCUGUAAAUAUGUGUAUAGUGCAGCUCUCUGUUAAACAUGUCAUUAUUGUUGCACUUCCUCCGCUGUGACUCUGCGGUAUGCUCCAGUCAGUGUGCAGCCAGCAGAGCAACAAGACUGCAGAGGAAGUGAAAACACUGAACCUGAUACUUAAACAAUGAUAUGACAGCAUCGCUCUGUUAUCUGGGUCUGUUUUCCUCUCUGUAGUACAAGGAGACUCUCUGGCUCAUUAGAAACACACACAGCUGACCAGCCAAAAGCACACCCCUGGCAUACGGGGAAUCUGUGUUUUUAUGGGGGACAGAGGCCCCAUUUGGAAAAUUGUGGCUGUGUUCUCAGUUCCUGCUGGCUAAUACCCAACUACAUAUGCCUGACACAAUGGAACAGAGAGGACACACACACACACACACAAUCCAGUUUUUGUGUUGUUGCAUGGCAUGUGUGUUUGUUAGAGUGUGAUUUAUUGUUUGCUCUUUGUGUUAAACCGGCCUCUUUGUGCUCCAGUGUGUUUGCAUGAGUCUUAUUUGUUAGCUCAUAAAGGGAUUAUUUCCUCCAUCUUUAGAUAAGGGUCAUUUUAAUGGACUUAAAUGGAGAAGCGGUUUGUUUGUCACCUCCUAAUGCCUUCCUCUUUCACUUAACUUGAGUCUGUACUGGCGGUAAAAAUAUGUGGGACAUUCAUCCUCUCAAUUUGAUCAAUUUGAACAUCUCUUAUAAAUGACAGAGUCAGUCUUUGCUCGGUUAAUACAGGAAGUUAUAUUCUUGAAACAUGCAAAUGUGUAAAACAUGCAGGAUGACAGUGAAGGUUUAGGAGUAGUUUUAUGUAAGCUGUAUAUAAAGCACAUUUACAUUGUACAAAAACAAAUAACCCGAAGGAGUGCUGCUGACAUCAGUACAACACCAAUUAACUCUCAGAGCUGCAUUCUUGGCUCAUUGUUGGUUGAUGAUUCAACUCUUACUGUGUUUCGAUCAGACCACCGAGAACAAGUGAUUCGAAACUAGAAUUACCCAGCUGCCUCUGAGCUGUUGCAGGUGUUGAUCAGCUUUGUUUAAGUGUGUGAAACAUGUGUGCCCCAGAUGUUCCUAACAGAACUUAAUUUUUAUGUGUUUUCUAUAUAGACCCAACAAGAGUGCUGUCGAGCAUGUAUGACUUCAACAGAACAGUAUGUGAUGUUGAUGUAUAUGGUUAUGUUACAGUCAGAUCCAUUAUAUGUAUUCAUUCGGUACAUACAUUACCAAACAGAACAAUUGAUACAAUAUGCCACACACUACUUACUGUUGUGUUUGAUGACAUCACGUCACUUUCCAUUGUUAUGUCACAUUAUGUUAGAUUACACCCAUAGACUGUAUAUAAGAUGGACAGAGUCUGCCUCCUCGCUGGGUGAAGCCACUCAGAGAACAGCACCCUCUGAUGGUGGGCUGCAGUACAGGUCAUAAAUCCCGCCUCCGCCAGCAAAGCUUAUGGGACUGUGGACAAACUUUAGAAAUUUAUUACACAGAACAUAAUUUUUUCUCCCCCCUGCUUGUGGUGUUGAGAUGUAGUUAUUGUAAGACUGGUUUGUGCCCAAGUCCUUUUUUUUCUGUACAGCUCAGUUUUUAAAAGUUAUUAGGGGGUUCAUGUUUUCUAUGAUUGACACCUGGUACAGCCUAUGGGCGUUCAGGGAUUGCGUAGCUCACCCGGGGGGAUACGCUGUUUGAGCCGAGCGUCAUCACAGGGACUCUCUGCGACUGCGCGGCCGAAUGCGCACAACGCUACUGCACAGCUCUGGUUUCAAGGAAGUGGAGAAAAACUCAGAAUUACCGAGAGCUUUUUGGCUUCAAAUCCGUAUACAGGCGGAAGGCGGAACCACGUUGUCCAUCUUAUAUACAGUCUUUGAUUAUACCACAUCAUGUUACAUUACCUAAAGUUACGAUAGUUACGUUACAUCUCAUCACAACCUGGGGGGACAGAGCCUUCUCAGUCACCGCCCCCACCCUCUGGAACUCACUCCCACUGGACCUCAGAAACUGCGCCGACCUUACCAGAUUCAAGACCCAUCUCAAAACCCACCUUUUCCGCACUGCCUUUCAUCCUCCUUAACAGUAUUCUGCCUUAAAGCUCCCAUCAGGAAUUUCUCUAGAUUUAUGAAAUAGACUGAAAUUAAAGUAGAUGCCUUUUCCAGCCAUACAAAAUCCAACAAGACCACCAGGGAUAAGAUUGACAGUUUGUUAAUCGUCUUUUUUAUUUUAUUUUUAUUUAUUUAUUUUUUUGUGUGUGCCUUUUAACCAAUUUGAGGGGGUAGGUGUCAGUUCAGCAUUAAAGGAACAGCUCUUAUUUUACCAUUUCCACAUAAAAUAUUCACAAUUACUGACACAUUUGAGCGUCAGCAGGGUGAGAUUUUUGGCAAAAAGAAAAAAACAAGCAUGUAAAAGAUAAGGAAAGUCAUUUAACAACACAUCAUGGUUUCUGAUGAACAAUAAAACACAAAAUUCUCCACCAUCAUUCCUACCAUAGAUGACAAAGUAAGCAGCACAUCUUUAGCUUGAAGAAACCGGAAGAGGCAGACUCUUGACAUUUUUGCUUAAAAUUGUCACGAAAUGAUUUCCUGUCUCCUACAAUGUGACACAGGAUUCUGUUGAUUGGCUUAUUGUUUCAGCUGUGCAGUCCUUGAAGCACCUCUGUCCUUAGAAAACAAUGUUAACAGUGUCCUGGUGCAUCUGCUUCAAAUCAGCGUCCUCACUCUGAAUCGGUCAUGACUGGUAAAACCGUGCAGCUGAGUGUAGAGAGUCACAGUAGUGUUGCUGUUUCUCUGCUGUAGUCUGACAGCUGUUUGUGGCAGGAUACAAGCAUAUGUGAGACCUCAAAUUAUCAUCAAAUAUAAACAAACAUAUUUAACAAACUAAACAAAACUGCCUCUACUGCCUGUUUUAUAGUGAAAUCUUUAGCUAAACUGUGCCUCACUCUUCUCAGUGAAAGAAGGCUCAGCAAUGUUUCCUAACUCCAGUAGAUCAUAUCCAAACAUCAGAAACAGUGUCACUCUUACACAGUAUUUAUGUCCCUGUGAACUUCCCCCCCUAGGGUCAAAGUCCCUGAGAUCUUCCUCUUAAACAGUAGUCAGCUGUAGGUCUAAUAGCAUGGCUCUUUUUGGCUCUACAUCUAGGGUUGAUUUCAUGGCAGCUAAACAAAUGAAAAAAGUGGAAGUGGCCUGUUUUGUGUCCUCUUACUGUCACUUUUCACUACACCAUUUCCUUGUUUUCUAACUGGUUCUCUCUGCUAUCUCUCCGUGCCCGGGAUUAGCACACACCAUGGCAGAGCAGGAACCUACACCUGAGCAGCUUGCAGAAAUCGCAGCAGCCAACGAAGAGUCUGAAACUACUGUCAACUACAAAGCUCCCGCCCAGAAGAGCUUAGCAGAAAUCCAGGAGCUUGACCAAGAUGACGAGAGCCUGCGCAAGUACAAGGAGGCACUACUGGGGAAUGCUGCACAAUGCGCAGGUAAGCGAUACAGAGUUGGUUUCAAGCUUAUGACACUAUCUUUCCUUUUGAGUAUUGUAGAAAUAAUGUACCCUUAGCUUGUGUAACAGCUGGUCAGGUCCUGUUUGGUGUGUUUGCAAUACUAAUAGAACAAAGAGUCAAACCACAUUAUUUGUUGUGAAAACAUUUUGCUGACUCAACAUAUACUAUGUAUGUAUUCAUGCAAAGAACUCCAAUAGCGGAUGCAUUUGAGUGCUUUGACACGCAGGGGUAACAGGGUGGAAUCGGACACUGAAUCAGACACACAGGCUGUGUCUCAUUUCAGAGACCGCAUCGACCUAAGUGCCCUUCUGCACCGUCGAACGGUGCAUUUGAAGCGUGCAUGACGUCACGACGGUGCGAACGGUGUCCCAUUUGGCACGAGAUGCUAAAAAAUGCUAAGCGCGCUUAGCAUGUUUUCAAGCGUCCAUCUAUGCACGCUUUCGUGCCGUCGGUAUCCCAGAAUGCUUUGCGUGCCGCUGCACAGCUGCGCAUUUCAGGUGAGAGGCUGGACUCGCUUGGAGACGCAGCGCGUCUUCAAAGAAAUUACAAGCAAUCCAAAAACAGCAGACAGUCAGCUCAGGCUGUAUGAGAGCAUGAUCUCUGAACUCACUAAAAUCUGUUAACCAAACAUUAUAGAUUUAGAGACGAACUGAUCCACUCUGCUUCAACAAUAAAAAACAUUAGAAAUAAGAAAGCUGACAAAACUACAGCAGAGUAUCAGGACAACAUUGAGUUUUUUUUCUUUUAAGAUUUAGAGAUUAAAGUUGUAAAUUUAGGAGAAUAAAGUCAUAAAGUAAAUAAAGUCAUAAAGCUGCUUUUGUGGAGGGGGAAAUGACUGAAGUUGGUCAUCUGCAGGGUUAUCUGUGGAUGUAUCAGCGGGUCAUUCAGAGAGAUUUUGUGGUUUCUGAAGAAACAAUCAAACUGAUGAUGAUCAACAUUUGUGAUCCAGAGGGAGUCGAGCUCCGACGAGCACCACGUCUCUGACACCGGCCGUAGCCUACACCUGCAGAGACACCAACACCUUAUUAUGGCAUAUGGAUUCAUAUCAUAAAUUAAAGCUCAAUGUCAUUCACGGAUAUUUACGGCUGCAUUGACAGAUAGAUCCUCAGCAUAUUCAUUUCUGCCUCCACAAAAGCAGCGAUUUCCUUCAAGUACACCAGUUUUUUUCCCCGUGGAAAAGACGUAUUUCUCAUAUAUUCUUUUUUAAAAGUCUUUAUACUUAUGACAAUGUGAUGCUGAUGUGCCAGAGGAUGAAGUAUCUCCUAUCCUCCUUCUCAAUAGGGCCCUCAUACUCCUUCAUACAAAACAAUCAUUGGAUGAAUUUUGUGGGAAUUAUCUGUGCUUGUAUCUACUAUUUUGUGUCUGUGCAAGGUCGCACAAUUAAAACAAUACGUGCUGCGCUCCGCAGCUUUUUUUCUAAUCAGUCGUGACGUAAGCCUGAGGGCGGGGACAUUUGGAGACCUUCGGAGGACUUCCUGGUGGAGUUGCCAAAUGUCCCCGCCCUCAGGCUCGCGUCACGACUGACUUAAAGGAAACCCGCGGAGCGCAGCAUUUAUUGUUUUAAUUGUGCGACCUUGCACAGACACAAAAUAGUAGAUACAUACAAGCACAAUUCAUCCAAUGAUUGUUUUGUAAGAAGGAGUAUGAGGGCCAUAUUGAGAUUUAAGACUUUAAGGACUUCGAGAUUUAAGUCAUUAAUUUAUGAGAAUGAAGUCAUAACCUGUUAUUUCAGAGAGACUUGUUAAAAUUAGGGCCAUGAAGCAUUUGAAGGAACUGUGCUUCAGUAUAGGUUUCACAAACAAGGAGAUUCUUCAUCCUCUGGCACAUCAGCAUAACAUUGUCAUAAGUAUAAAGACUAUAUGAGAAAUACGUCUUUUCCACGGGGGAAAAAAAUUGGUGUACUUGAAGGAAAUCGCUGUUUUUGUGGAGACAGAAAUGAAUAUGCUGAGGAUCUAUCUGUCAAUGCAGCCGUUAAUAUCCGUGAAUGACAUUGAGCUUUAGUUUAUGAUAUGAAUCCAUAUGCAGUAAUAAGGUGUUGGUGUCUCUGCAGGUGUAGGUUACCGCCGGUGUCAGAGACGUGGUGCUCGUCGGAGCUCGACUCCCUCUGGAUCACAAAUGUUGAUCAUCAUCAGUUUGAUUGUUUCUUCAGAAACCACAAAAUCUCUCUGAAUGACCCGCUGAUACAUCCACAGAUAACCCUGCAGAUGACCAGCUUCAGUCAUUUCCCCCUCCACAAAAGCAGCUUUAUGACUUUAUUUACUUUAUGACUUUAUUCUCCUAAAUUUACAACUUUAAUCUCUAAAUCUUAAAAGAAAAAAAAACUCAAUGUUGUCCUGAUACUCUGCUGUAGUUUUGUCAGCUUUCUUAUUUCUAAUGUUUUUUAUUGUUGAAGCAGAGCGGAUCAGUUCGUCUCUAAAUCUAUAAUGUUUGGUUUACAGAUUUUAGUGAGUUCAGAGAUCAUGCUCUCAUACAGCCUGAGCUGACUGUCUGCUGUUUUUGGAUUUCUUGUAUUUUCUUCGAAGACGCGCUGUGUCUCCAAGCGAGUCCAGCCUCUCACCUGAAAUGCACAGCUGUGCAGCGGCACGCAAAGAAUUCUGGGAUACCGACGGCACGAAAGCGUGCAUACAUGCACGCUUGAAAAAGAGGCGGGGGUAGUGUGGUUUUGAGACCGAAUUUGAAGCGCGCUUAGUAUAUUGUGCCAAACGGGACACCGUUCGUGCCGCGUGGUGACCUCACGUACGCGUCAGAUGCGCCGUUCGAUGGCUGCUGUAUCUGAAAUGGGACACAGGAAGGGCACAGAACGGCUCAAAACGGCUCAAAACGGCAGUGCACUCAGCUAAGCGCCGUGAAGUGCGCUUAUCACGAUGCGGUCUCUGAAAUGAGACACAGCCACAGACACCGAGUCUCCUUUUAUAGGAUGCACAACUCCACCUUGAGGCCGUGUUGACAGAACCCCAAAACAUCAUAUUUCUAGACAUUUCUGAAACUAGCAAACAAAAUAGAUGUGAUAGACAAACAGAUAAUUAAAGUACCAAAUCUAUUUCAAAAAGCCAUCUGAAACUGGUAGGUAAGUUAGUAUGUGAACUGCACUUGAUUUUUGUACCUGGAUCAUAACAACAUAACAUGUCCUCAAGUUUUAGAGUUAGGACUUAAAAACUCACUCUUGUGUCAAAAGAUGAUCAGACUUGUGAAGUUAGUGAUUUAUUGCGUCUGAUCUUGAGUUUCGCUCUCUCUCUCUCUCUCUCUCUUGCUCACUCACUCACUCACAGAUCCAAGCGCGCCGAAUGUCCAGGUGACAAGAAUGAGCCUGGUGUGUGACUCGGCGCCCCCUGCACUUGCCAGCUCGCUGGUCCUUGAUCUUACAGGUGAGUGGAUGAGACAGAAUACUUGCCUUCUCGUUAACUUGAACCUAGAUGCUGAUGUGUUUUGAAAGUCAGUGGUAGAAUGAGCUCACAGUGACAGUAAUAAUGAUCAGGCAGUGGUCCCCUCAGUGCAUGUGCAAACACAGACCAGACCACCUACUACAUUGUUAGGGGGCUAAUAAGUAAUGACAUGAUUCCUGUGGAAGUGGGCUAAUGAGACAUUUCCUGGUGUCACUCCGAGAGCAGGAAGGCUGGGUACACUUGAGGUGCUCUGCCACCUAGUGGUCAGUAUUACUACCACACAGUAUGGUGUUAAAAACCCAGAUAGAAAACGGAGCGGUACUUUUCUCUCCCAGAACACCCCACUGGAUUAUUGACCCUCACUGCCACAAACAUGGUAAAAAUGACAUGUAUUUAAAUAGAUAAACAGAACUUUUAAAAACUAAAGUCUACUUUGUGUUUUGACAGAAAAAGCUGAAAAAAUUAUAAUUGUGACAAUGAAGGAUGUUGCCAAGUGGAAGUAUGUAAAUAAAGAAUAAAAGUGGGCUCAAAACGGAACCUUGCAGCACACCACAGGCAAUAUGAAGGGAGAAGGGAGAGUGCUCACCUGAAGCAGCCGCAUAGUUCUAUCUAAGAGAACCAACUACAUGCUGUGCCCUAAACCCCCCACUCAGAUCUGAAGACCCUCUAUUAAUAUAGCAUGGUGUCAAAUGCACUCUGAAAUCCAAAAGACUUCAAACCACACUCUCUCCUUUGUCAGCAGCCAAAAGAAGAUGGUUUGUGACAUUGAGGAGGGAGGUUUCUAAACUAAUAAUCCUUAAACUGAUAGUGUUCCAGAGUCAAACUUUUUUGAAUCUCCUUCUUGAUCCUCAUUCCUUCUCAUGCUGUGUUUUGUUGUCUUUCAGGAGACCUGGAAGGCUUCAAGAAGAGGCCGUUUGUGCUGAAAGAGGGAGUCGAGUACAAAAUGAAGAUCAACUUCAAGGUGAGAGUCUGGUCCUUGUCACACUGAGGAGCCCUCUCUGUUUGUUGCUUUAAACUGUUGCAGGCAUUGAGAUGUUCCUGCAGCCUCAGUGAACUGUCUUUGUCAUGCUGAAUGGUUGUCCGCUGUGUUUUUUCAGGUCAACAAGGAGAUUGUGUCCGGCCUGAAAUACAUCCAGUUUACAUCUAGGAAGGGUGUCAAGGGUAAGGUUGUGAUUUUGUUCCAACUCCAUCAAUCCUGAUGGUGAUUUUGAGAAUGUUGCCAGUUCUCUCAUUUAUACUGCUCUGUGUAAACAGGAAAGUAGUGCAGAUAUCUUUGUUGUUACCUUUGUGAAAAUGAUUCUCUUGUAGGCUCUGGUGGUUUUAUUCGUCCCAUCACAUAUUUUUCUCAGGUUCUCACCAGACACUUAAUAUAAACGUCACCACCCCAAACUGCUCCCUAACAGUCAGUACAUCUACAUGACACUCGAGAAAACCGAAUUAUUGCCUUUAUCCGAUUAAGACCAGACAACUGAGGUGUAUUUAAACACCUUAGUCCGACUAUAGCUGGAGUUUGAUAACUCUGAUUGGAGUCUGAGAACUCUGAUUAAGACACCCAGAUAAUGUGAUUGGAAUUCGAUUUUCUCUACCAUGUAACCAGUGCAGUUGGAGUAUAAUUGGACAAUGCAUGUGCGCGUACGUCACUCCCCAGUAACAAACACACCAGAGAAAAGGAGUAGAGUGCACCUCAUCUGCAGAAAAAGUAGCGCGUACAUCAUGUACAACAAAAACAACACUGUACGAUGCUCCAUCUUCCUGCUCGAAAAUGCCCAGUAGAGGUUGUAGCCACUUCUGAAGUCUGGCACGGACCUGCUGUUGUUGUUUAAUCGUUGUAUGGGGUCGGAAACAGCGCAGCUGAAAAGACCCAUAUCAACCCCUAGUUUUGGGGAGGAGGACACAUUCAUUCAUUCACAUGUCAUAAUUUGAUUUUCUCAGCUGCAUGUAUAUGCGGAUAAGGAGAGAAGUCUGAUUUAGCGAAAAAAAAUAUAUAUAUAUGAGCUUAGUCCAAUUAAGCCGUGCAUGUAACACACUGAUUGUUUUCUGCUAUGGUCCCCAUACACUGCCAGCUCAUAUUUCACUCGGGGGCUGCAGGAAAAACACUAAACCCCAUUUUUAGUAUAUCAUCGAGAAAGUUGAAGCACACCCAUUACUGAGCUUGUUAGACUAUGUUAUUCUGAUAUUGUGCAGAAUAUGAUGUACAUGUAUGUCCAGAUACUUACUUGAUGAAAUGGCUGAAGAAUUCUUUACUGAACAGUACAAGAAGUUAUCAUCAAGUAGAUCUACAUUUUUGUGAAUUCCACCUUUUAAAGAAGUCCUUUUUCAAAAUCUGUGAUUGAACCUGACAUCAGGCUCCCUCUGAUCCCAACAGUUGACAAGACUGAGUACAUGGUGGGAAGCUACGGCCCCCGACCAGGCCAGGAGUACGAGUUCCUCACGACCAUGGAGGAGGCACCCAAAGGCAUGCUGGCCCGUGGCACCUACACUGUCAAGUCCAAGUUCACUGAUGACGACAAGCAUGAUCAUCUCUCCUGGGAGUGGAGCCUCACUAUCAAGAAAGACUGGAAAGACUAACCUCCCCGCUCUUUCUCCUCCUGCCUUCCUCAGCUUCACCGCCCCCGCUGUCAUUCCAUUUUUUGCUCCUUAAGUAUUGAUCGAAGCUUUUGCUCUCUCCGUCCGACAACAUCCAUGACUUCAUUUUCAAGUUCUUAAUCCCAAUCACUCCAUCAUUCCUCCCUGUUGUUUGAGGCGUCUUUGGUGUCACCCACCCUUUGGUUAAGUAUUACUAUCAAACGGAGAAAGCAAACAGUGUACACAAUCCAGAAUUUUAGCUUACUUUGGUUUGUUAUAAAAGAAAAAGAAGAAAAACUCUCAAUCGCUCUUGAAAAGUAAUGAACUCUCUGAUUUCUUUGCUGCUUCCCUCUCUCCCUUUUUCAUCCUGCUCUCCAUUUCAGAUGCUUUUGUAUGACAACCGUGAUCUGCCUUUUUGAAAGCGUGUACAGUGAGCAGUAGUGCUGUAUGUACUGUAUGUAGCCACUGUGCGCUCAUUGAGCAAUCAUUGCUGGACAUGACUCUUGGACACAGCCCUCCUUAAGCCUUUGAGCAGAUUAUUUGUACCAGUCUUGGUAAAUUAUUUGGAAUUAAGGCCACCUCUUUAAAGGGCCCUAAGGAGUCUGCAUAGAGAAGUGAGGGAGAACAAAAUGACCUCCAACCCUUUGCUGCCCACUUCUCUCUGGAUCAGGGUAUUUGAUCAGCAGCUGUGUGGCCUUAUAAACAUAUCUGAAAACGGAGCAAGUUGCCUUCUGAUUACUUUUGCCAGACAGACUCGUGGGCCUGUUUUUAUAACUGUACUUGUAACACAUGAACAAGGCGUCAGGACUGAGUAUUUCAGGUUCUAUCAUUUUGAAAAACCAUGGGUACCGUUAUCAUUGCAGUAAUUGUAUUUUUCUAAUAGAGUAACUCUUUUAAAGCUACAAGAACUGUAAACACAAGUCCAGGUUGUGCUAAUGUCCGUCAAACGAACACAAGGACUCACCUCACGUCACUCAAGUGUAGGAUGAUUAACACUCACUGUGCCUCUGGUCUCUCACAACCUCAUGCUGCUCCCGCUGACUCGGUGGCUCUUAGUGCUCAACAUCAGUGAGCUGAAAAGUCUGUAUUUGAAUUCCUGAACCAGUAUCAAGACCAGUCCCACAGCAACAGACAUCUCUGCCAGAAAGAGAGGGGUUUUUGUAUGAUCAUACACUCCAAGUCCAGCAGAUUUAUUCAACCCCUAUGUGUUAUGGGCUGAUGUAUCUGUUGGUGGGUUUUGACUCAAUGUGUGCCACCUGUGUUACCUGCAGUUAACUGAUCUCCUGUGUUCAUAUUAAAGUGUCCAGACUGGG